AUGAUCUUGACCUAUAACAGAAUAUGCUCCGCGCAUAUAACGUGCUUCAUUCGUGGCCGUCACCGUGCUCUGCUCUUAUUCCUUCUAACUUACUAUGGUUCCGCUAAUGGUGUUGUGACGCCCAUCAGACCUCUCGAAGAGUUUAAAACACUGAAGAAUGCCAGUGUGUCCCAACUUGGUCAUCUCGGAGCAGUUAGAAGGACAACCAAAUAUUUGGAAGUGAAAAAUAGUGGGAUGGUACAUAUGUCAGAUAUUUUUCUAUGUGAUGUUGUGUAUAAGGAAAGUGUUGAGGGUAGUGAUCCCUACAGAUGGUCUAUGCUCGUUGAUGUUGAUGUUAGUUACAACCGUAUCACCCACAUUGAUGAGUCAGUUGCUUUGGCUCUUAAUGUUGAAAAACUUAAUAUUAGCUCUAAUAAAUUAUCAUCAGUGGAAUGUCUGACUAAAUUACCAAAUUUAGUAUCCCUUAAUCUCUCAAAUAAUCUCUUCAGUACCUUAGAAGAUAUGCACACUAAACUUGGUAAUGUGGUUCAUUUAGAUUUGUCACAAAACAGUUUGUCCUCAUUAAAAGGACUAAGUAAACUUUACUCAUUAUCAUCACUGAAUGUUUCAACCAACAAUAUCUGUGAAAUCUCAGAGGUUAGUCACUUGUCUCGUCUGCCUUGUCUGGAGACCCUUAUCCUCACAGGCAAUCCUGUUGCAACUAUAGUAGAUUACCGCACCAAAGUACUAGAGCUCUUUGGGCAGAGGGCAUCAGAAAUCUGUUUGGAUAAUGAGAGACCAACUCAAAGAGAGCUGGAGUUUGUUGCAGUGCUGCAGGCCAUCAGGGCAUCAAGAGAGGGGCGGUUACCCACACUGAGUAUAUCUAGCCCUCUUCCUAUCACCUCAGGCACUCUCUCGUUUGUCCCACCUGACUUAGCCACAGCUGUCAGUGAAUCGUCCAGCAACUAAUAAUCAUUUUGAAGCCUUCUUCCUUGAGAAAUAAUUAAUUUUCAAUUUAACCCUUUGACUGUCGCGGCCGUAUAUAUAUGUCUUACGAGGUUCCAUGUUUGACGUAUAUAUACUCAUAAAUUCUAGCGGCUUCAAAUCAAGCAGGAGAAAGCUGGUAGGUCCACAUGUGAGAGAAUGGGUCUGUGUGGUCAGUGUGCACCGUAUAAAAAAAUCCUGGAGCACGCAGUGCAUAAUGAGAAAAAAAAAACUCGGACCGUUUUUUUAAUUAAAAUGCCGACUUUGUGGUCUAUUUUCGUAUAGUAUUUAUGAUUGUAUUCUCGUUUUCUUGGUCUCAUUUGAUAGAAUGGAAAACAUAUUAUAGAAAUAGAGGUGAUUUUGAUUGAUUUUACUAUAAAAAGAACCUGGAAAUGGAGCUCAAAGUAUCGGAAAUGUUUGAUUUUUGCCAAUGUUCAAAAGUAAACAAAUGAUGGCAUUGUCCAAUAAAUGUCCAACUAGCCAUUCUAAUAUGCAGUCAUGAAUGGGUUGAUGUUAUUUAUACAAUUAUUGCAGUAUUGCAGUAGUCUGCAUAAUACUAAGUCUUCUAUAUUUUGUUUGAAUAAAAAUUCAAAGUAGAAAGCAAGAGUAAUAUCAGAGGGGUCUGGAGACAUGAUUGAUGAGCAAAGAAAAUGUUAUUUUAGAGCCAGGAAUGUCUGCAUUGUUCAUUCUGGACCUUAUUUUGAAAUUGUCAUAUUUUUUAAUUUUCGUGAAAUUGGCCAAAUUGCAAAUUUCUGACCACAUUAUUGGGUAGUUGAAAUUGGUAUAUGGGCAGUUUCUUGUACUCAAUCGAUAGAAAAAAUGGAGUUCUAAAGAAAUAGCUAUGAGUUUGGUCGACUGGAACAGCGGAAUUAGCCGAAAAUAGGGCUCAAAGUGGGCGAAAUUGCCGAUUUGUAAAUAUCGCCGAGGUCGCUAACUUCGCGAGAGCAUAAUUCCGUCAGUUUUCCAUCAAAUUUCGUUUUUUUGGUGUCAUUUUAAUCGGGAAAAGAUUCUCUAUCAUUUCAUAAGAAAAUUUUUUUUUUUUUUUAAAUUUUGUGACACCAGGAGACACCUCAGGAUUAGGGGUUGUGACAGUCAAGGGGUUAAUAAAAUUCCUUAGAUUAAUCCUUUCAAAGGAGAGAUGCUUUUAUGCUAGAAAAGGAAUCUUAAUCCAAACGAUUAGAGCCCUCCUUAACCUAAGAUAAAACCUAAUAUCCUCCCAUUUCCAAGAGUUGUAUGACCCUUCCAAGUUUAGUAUUUCCCUAUGACUGUAAUAAAUAAUAAACAUAAAUUACUUUUUUUUAUUAGAAAAGUGUUUAAUUCUAAGUUUUCAUAGAAGUGCUAUAUGAUUUUUGUUUUCUUAUGAUGACAGUACAGUAAGGCCCCAACUUUUGACAUCUCAUACUUUCAGUAUUGGCACUUUGGAAACAGUUAUAGUAAAAAUAAUAAAAACAAUAAUAAUAAUGCAGUAAUACAAAAAAUAAAUUUAUUUCUACAAGGUGCAUAAUUGUUGCAAAAUUCGAUGACAUUAAUUGCUUACGAAAGCUGAGUUGAAAUCGUACUCUUUGCAGAUACAGCGAUACCUUGACUUAUGAGUUUAAUUCAUUCUGUGACCCAGCUCAUAACUCAGUUUGCUUGUAUAUCAAAUCAAUUUUCCUCAUUGAAAUUAAUUGAAAUGCUAAUAAUCCAUUCCAGUGGAAUUCCUGGCUCUCGGGAGGCAGGAGAAAAUACUUCGGUGUAAUGCUAACAUGAACUCUACGGCUUAUUUAUCUAUCAAAAUUGAUCUAAUAUGACAUAAUAAACAAUAUAAAUAACACAGAAACAUGAUAUAUACUCUAGAAUGAAUAAAAUAUAUCAUUAUGUGACGAGUGGUGGCGGCCACGCCCAAGGUAAAAAUAAUUAUCGCUCUGACCAUAUCUUCCCAUUUUUGCCCUUCUGAGGUCUUAAUAUGAGAGAAAAUAGAGUGUUUGUGAGGCUAACUGCACUAGAUCACUAGUUUCAUAAAGAAAACACAGAAACAAAAGCGAUUUUCUUGGAAUUUUUUUUUUCUCCAAAUCAGGAGACCGGCCUACGUUUUGGGUGAAUAUCUCCGAAGUAAAUCAGCAUAAAUGCCUCGUACCUUCUCCCAUAGAAGGCGCAAGGCACGUAGUACAUGCUACGCUUGUACUGCCUCGCCUAGUCGACUACACACACACACCUCACUCGUGUUUUUCUAUUAUUUCAUGCUUUAAUUCAAUGGACAUCGUCCUCUUCUUCUCAGCACUGUCCUUUGCACUUACUUUCUUAGGACCCAUGGUUAAAAAGAAGAAAUUUGGCAAAAUAACUGCACAAAACACAAGCACAACACAAGAGAGAUGCUUCCACAACAUACUCAACCCCUGUCAAUUUGGGUUCAGGCCUAAUAAAAAUACUAAUGAUGCUAUUAUCCACAUGCUAGAGCAUAUUUAUACAGCAAUAGAAAAAAAAGAAGUCCCACUGGGUAUCUUCAUUGACUUACGUAAAGCUUUCGAUACAGUUGACCACGACUUGCUCCACAUAAAAUUGUCG